CCGCUCAGUUGUUCGAUCAAUCAGCCAUAUCAUUAUAAACGUCGGACUUCCUCUUUAUUUCAAACCCAGUCGAUCAUGUUGCGGAGGUCCAUUCUGGAGCUCUCGUCCCGUCGACUGGUUAAAAGGACUCCAACGCAGAUUACAACCCAGAUUCCUUCAUAUCUUUCUUCUAGGAAGGAAUUCUCUGUUACACCUCAGCAAAAUGCACCACAGGGAUCGGGUUCAACAGGAAAGCCAUCCGAGUCUGGUAGUAAUUUGUCAAAAGUUGUUCUGGGAAGCAUUGCACUAGGUGCUGCUUUUGUGACAGCUUACCAAUGGGAUACUCGAUUUGGUAAAGAGCAGCAUAGAAAAGCUAUUGAGCUAGACAAGGUGCACUUGUCGGAAAGUAAUACAAGUUCAAAGGAUGGGGAACAUUUAGCAGAGAAUGUUCCCAACCUUCAAGAGUCGAGCAUAUUAAACCCUGGCGUGGAUCAUGUGGAGGAAAAUAUUGAAAUUCAUUCAGCUUCCACUCACCUUGAAGAUUCGAGCAUAAAUGAAGGAGAGAGCCAGUUUAAAGUAACUGAGACAUCAGAAAUAACUCCUCAAGAAGAUAUCAGCCCCAGACAGGGGAAUGAGUUUCCCAAAGCUCCUCAUAGCAGCAUGGCAUCAGAUAAUGGAGGUAGUAAUUCUAGAACACCGCUUGAAGAUAAUCUUGACAUGAAGAACCCAGAGGUGAAACCUGAUUUGGAGCAGCUUGAGGCUGUCAAAAUCACACCAAUACUUGAACAGGCUGAUGCAGUUCCCCAAGAAAAUGAGAUGCAGUUCAUGCCGCCACAACACUUCAACACUAAAGACACACCAGAGCCAAGUUCCCUCCUUGAUGCAUACCAUUUAAAAGAUGAGACUGAAAAAACUGCAGCAGCUGCUUCAACUGAAGAUAAGGAUUUAGUGGGGGCAGUUGAAGAUUUGAAUGAUGCUUACAUAUCUAAGGAUGGGAAGUUGGUUCUUGAUUUUUUGCAAGCCAUUCAUGCAGCUGAGAAAAGGCAAGCAGAGUUAGAUGCUCAUAUUUUUGCUGAAGAAAAAAGAAUGAUAAAGGAGAAGUAUGACAAGGAAUUGAAGGAUGCAAGAGCCAGGGAACUUAUGUAUGCUGAAAGGGAAGCCAUUUUGGAUAAGGAAUUAAACAAGGAAAGAGUAAAAGCAGCUGUUGCUCUCAAGUCACUCCAAGAAAAAUUGGAAGAAAAACUGCAGAUGGAGCUUGAACAGAAGGAAACUGAAGCAGAAUUGAAGCAGAAGACAAUGCAAGAGUUAGCAAAAGCAGAACUGGCUGCCACAAUUGCAAGUGAGAAGGCUUCUCAGAUUGAAAAAAUGGCAGAAGCAAAUCUUAAUAUAAAUGCAUUGUGCAUGGCAUUCUAUGCUCGAUCUGAAGAGGCUCGUCAGAGUCAUUCUGUUCACAAGCUUGCCUUGGGAGCACUUGCACUGGAAGACGCUUUAUCUAAGGGGCUACCUAUUCGGAAAGAAAUAGACUUGCUGCAUACUUACGUAGAAGACAUUGAUAAAGACUCCCUUUUAACUCUAGUUCUAUCAUCCCUUCCUGAAGAAACACGAAACUAUGGAACAGAUACUCUGCUGCAAUUGAAUUACAAGUUCGAUACCUUGAAAGGGACGCUGCGACAUUUCAGCUUAAUCCCCCCGGGUGGUGGUGGGAUUUUGACACAUUCUUUGGCUCAUGUUGCAUCGUGGCUGAAGGUUAAAGAGGUUAACGAGUCUGGUGAUGGGAUUGAAUCUCUAAUCAAGAGAGUUGAGAGCUUCUUAACAGAAGGGAAACUCUCUGAAGCUGCAGAUACUCUGGAGGAGGGCGUCAAAGGCAGCCAAGCAUCUGAAAUUGUCGGUGAUUGGGUUAGGCAAGCAAGGAACAGGGCUAUUACAGAGCAAGCUUUAACCCUACUGCAAUCUUAUGCUACCUCCAUCAGCCUUACGUAGUUCUCCGUGUUUAAUCAUGGAGACUUCUCUUAGCAGGACUAUCCUGUGGAUGGUGCCAAAAUUCGAGUUUUGUUUACAGAAAGAGGUUUGACUUUUGAAUUUGUAGUCUGUGUCAACAAUCUCUUUGCUCUCGGGAAUUCAGGCAGUGAUUGCAGCAAGUUUUUCUGUUGCGGUCCGAGUAGAUUGUAUGUAUUUCUCAAACAACAUUUCUUUAGUUUGGCUCCAACAAUUUUCAUAUUGUACUUCAGUAGGCACUAAAGCGAUGUGGUGGUUACAAUCAUAAUCAUACAUGAAUAAAAACUAAUCAAUU